CGAAUAUAUAAGUUUUUUUAUUGUUGUUGAAGUCGUUAAAGUUAGUGGUUGAAAGUUUCAAUCAUAAAACUCAAUGUAACGACUCAAUAAGGUAUAUUUUAUAAUAAAGCGUUGAAGAAAAUUGUCAGUAAAAGUUAAGUGAGCUUGACGAUUUCCAGUCAAUUUGUAUUACACAACAAGCAUGUUAUUUAAUAUAAUGACACUCGUAGCCGCAGCAUUGGUAGUUUGUGUACGUUCACAAAUACUUCCAAGUGAAGCCUACAAUCAUUCUGCAGUUCUGAAAUUAGGAGUAAUAAAACUGUAUUGGAAGUUUAAUGAUAAAUAUAUAACUUUCGAGGUGAUCGCUAAGACUACAGGAUGGGUUGGAAUUGGAUUUUCAGAAAAGGGAUCAAUGAUAGCGUCAGAUAUAAUCGUAGGAUGGGUGAAGAAUGGAAUUGUUGAAAUUACGGAUAGACAUGGAGAUUUGAAUGGGUUCCCUCCACUUGAUUCGCAGCAAGAUAUUAAAAUAUUAGGAGGAAAGCAAGAUGGCAGUUGGACAAUGCUGAAAUUUUCGCGACAGAUAGCCAGCUGCGAGAAAGAUUAUGAUAUUGAACUGAACAGAAACACACAAAGAGUAAUUUGGGCAUACGGAAAUAAAGUUCCAAUAGGAGAUGAUAUUACACCUCAGGAUUCUCAUGGAACGAAUAGAGGUGUGAAAAGUCUGAUUAUACUGACAUCACUUGAAAAACUGUAUGAUUUGCCAAAAGGACCUGAAUACAAAACAUUUGACGUGUUAGCAAAUAAUGUCAAAAUUCCAGCUGCAGCUACAUAUUAUAACUGCAGAAUACAUCGAUUUCCUGAAUUUACUAAGAAACAUCAUAUUGUGAAGGUUGAGCCCAUCAUUAGCGAGGGUAAUGAAGAAUAUGCUCAUCAUAUUGCUCUGCACCGAUGUGGAGAUGUGUUGCCUAAUAAAACGUUAUUGGAACUGGACGAUAACUGUUAUUCUUCGAAUAUAAAAUUUUUCGAAACCUGUGGAAAAAUUAUUGAAGUAUAUACAAUCGGUGGCGAAUCGGAGAUAUUUCCGGAUAUCGCUGGUAUAUCGGUGGGCGCGCCUGGUGAUCCGAUCUAUGUUCAGCUAGAAAUACAUUACAACAACCCUGAUUUACGUUCAGAUAUUGUUGACAAUUCCGGUCUACGUUUCACCUACACUUCUACCUUGAGAAAAUUUGAUAUUGGUACAUCGUACAUAGGUGUUGUACCUUUCGGAUCUCAAACUUUUAUUCCACCGGGAUCCGAAAGUUUUAAAAGUAUAGGUCAAUGCAAUCCUACGUGCUUGGGAGAUAAAAUGACCACAUCCGGUUUUGAAAAUAUAACAAUAUUUAGCGUUAUUCUACAUUCACACCUGGCUGCAAGGAAAGCGAGACUACGUCAUUUCAGGAAUGGCACAGAGCUACCACUCAUUGCGUCUGAUGAACAUUUUGACUUUAAUUACCAAAGACGUAGAUAUUCUAAUGCUACUGUAAAAAAUACAGACCAGUUGGUUAUGGAAUGUGAGUACAAUACCAAAGAUCGUUUAGAAGUAACAGAGGCUGGUUUUGGAACAAUGAAAGAAAUGUGCUUCGCUAUUGUUUACUACUAUCCAUUGAUAAAUUUGAGUUACUGCUUUUCGAGUGUACAAAGAAGAUUGUCAUGGAGUUAUUUAGGAGUCGACCUCGGAAAAGUAAAAAGAAUUGACGAAGAGAAUCCAGAUUUAGAAGCAUUUGUACUAACAGGUCCUGAUAAGCAAGCUGGUAAAACGAUACUGGAAUAUAUGAAUGAGUUGGAUUGGAAUACAAAAAAUAUUUCACAAUUUCAAUUGAACUACAACGCAAUGGAACAUUACGAACUUUGUUAUGAAUCGGAUCGAAGCAACCCUACGAAAACUGCUUUCAACCUCACUAAAAUAGCAAAUCCGUACAAAAAAUCAAAGAGAAAAUGUCAUCAACCAGAUUUGGAUGAAAAUGAAUCUGUGUCGACGUAGUCGAGAUAUUUCUUGAAGACAACUUAGUAAAACUGCGUCUACGUAGUCUAAGUUACUUGUCAUUUGAAUUCGUGUAUUUGUUUAUUUGUUCAACUUCGGAACUAAUAAAUGAAGAAAGAAA